AUGUUAGGGGAGAGGAGGAGUACUGCUAUCAAGUUUAUGCUGCUUUUGGUUGUAUACAGUGGCAAGUAUCCUACAGGGUUUAUUUUGGAGCAAGGUGCUAAAUUUCAGUUUCACAGGUGGUCUUUCUUAGGCAGAAAGUGUGGUAAUCUUACGAAGUGUAAUUUGUUGCGCAUUACGUGUAGUAGGGAUUACUGGUUAUUUAAGAGGUAUGGCCCUUCAGCUGCAAUACUUUCAGUAUUCGGCCUUGGGGCAUUAUAUCUACAGAAGCGUCGCGAAGUCUAUGAGUGUUUAGGUGAUGUUUCUGAAGCAUCAGACGCGGCUGCUUUGUGA